AUGGUUUUUAGUUUUUCAAUUAAUUCAUCAGCUUCAUCAUCAGCUUCAAGUUCAAGACCAUCCUUUCCAAUUGUAUCACCAAGAGAUGCUGAAAUCUUAAACGAGAUCAUCUUGCAAGCACCACCGGGUUCUAGUAUCUUCAGUGCUCUCCUGGAUCCAUAUCAGCGUGUUUUGGCACUUCAUCAACUUGACCCACGUCUGGAUGAUCGGUUUUAUUCACUUUUACUCAAACUCAGUCUUGUUUCCGGUACAGAUUGGAGUGAAAAAUGGUCUCGCGUUUGUGUAGAUCAAGGCUUGUUUGAAGAAAGUGAACUACCAGAGGGAUCAUUCAGUUCAAUCGCGCCUAGUCAACCCAAUGGAACGGAGCAUUCCGAUCAAGAAGAAGAGGGCACCACUACCAUCAUCGCGCCUACUCGAUCACCUCUCAUUUCAUCUCCCUCAUUACGGAGAGGAUCGCUUUUUCCAAUUCAAUCAACUCCCAAUGUAAUUGACCGGUUCCAACCACGACCAUCAAUUCAAUCAACUCCCAACGUAAUUGACCGGUUCCAAUCCCGAUCAUCUCCGAGUUCUAAACUUCUAGAUCCUCUUGACGCGCUUUCCGAUCAAUUUCGUUCAGAACAUCUUCGAAUUCGGACACUUCAUCUAUGGAGCCUUCGUACCCGCCGGUUCACACUCACUUUGACUGAAGUGGAACGUGCACAUACCCUGCUUGUCUCUGGAAGGAUGUGGAGAAGAUGGCGUGCAAAAGUAGGUAAAAGGCGACGAGAAGUAAGGAUGGUAGAAGGUGUAGCUCGAACUAGGAUGAAAUUUGCUACGCUUACAAAAUGGCGUGAGGCAACAGAGGAAAGUCGACAUAAACGGUGGAAACAGUAUCUUGCCCAACUUGCUGCUGAUCACCUCCAACAUCAGCAGCAAAAAUGGGUUGCUAUGGUGGCUGAAAGCACGAGCCGCGCGAGCGGAACGUACUCGGGCUGA